AUGGAGGUAGCUUUUCGUAUUACAGUUGUGAACAUCUCCCAUGCUCUGAGUAGCUCUGACUUGGAGAAGAUCGUUUAUCUCUUUGCCAUCCCUGAACAAGACGGAAAAAACACUUCACUCUCAGUAUUGAAGAGGCUUGAAAGAGACGGCAAAUUCUCUGCUACUAAGCCAGAGGGGCUGGACAAGUUGCUUCAAGAUAUUCAUCGCAGCGACCUCAGUGGUCAAGUAAGUGAUUAUUGUAGUCGAUUCAGACAUUGUAAAAGUUAUUGUUGCGGCUUGAGUCAAUGUCGGCGUGUUGUUGAGCUAACGGAACUGUGUGUACAAGAGGCUGAUAACACUAGGAAAAGAAUAUUAGAUCUUCAGCAAAAGUUGGAGAAGUUCUCAGAAAAUCAGCGAAACACGCCCUCCACAGAUAAGUUUUAUAGAGAAAUGGGAGAUCACUUUAGAGUGGUUCAAAGCGACUUUAACAAGUUCCUAAUUUCACCACUUCAAGACUUGCAACAGUUGGUGGGAUUGUCGGACAACAUCGCAGGCUCUGUAGGAAAAGAAGGAGACGAGCCAACUACAGCUGGAGUAAACCCCUCUACCAAAUCCACCAUCACUGUUAAACCCACCUCGAGCCAAUGGGAGGCGGGGCAAACGGAAGAUUAUGACAUUUUGGAGCCGAUUGGUUCACAGGACAACUUUGGAGGGAAAUCACUCGCCACUCGAAUACCAAUUCCAACUAGAGCAACUAAAGUAUCAUCUGGUCACAGCUCUCCCAGUAGCAGUCCAGUGCAGCUCAGACAUAGGACGCCGUUGAGUAGUCCCCAGAGGGGGCGUAGCAGAGACUACGAGUCAGGGGGUAGUCCCCAAAGGGGGCGUAGCAGAGAUUCCUCUUCCCUCACCAGCUCAACUGAUGACAGUGGAUUUGCUGAGUUGAAAUUACUUCACGGUCGUUAUAGCGCAGGCAAUCGCCCUCGUAAUGACAGCCUCCGCCACACUUGGAGAGAGUCUCGGGAGUACACCUCCCUGGACCUAGCCACUUGCAUCAAUCAAAGUUCAGACUACAUGAACAUUCAUUCAAAAACUCCAAAAAAAUGACGAACAGUUUUCUUAUUCAUUCCAUACCGUACCAGCACACUCCCUGUUUGUUUGUCUGUCUCACAUAUUUGGUAAACAACAUUCCCUUAUAAAUUAUGUCAUAUGAAA